GCUCCGCGCUCUUCCGGAAGCGGAGGUGUGCACCGGCCGCGGCGGGCUGGUGGGCGAGCGGGCGGACCGAGCUGGCCAGGCUCCCUCUCCUACGUGGGGCACCAUGGACGACGCCAGCAGCUCCGCGGGCAGCGGAGGCUUCCGCCCCGGCGUGGACAGCCUGGACGAGCCGCCCAACAGCCGCAUCUUCCUAGUGAUCAGCAAGUACACUCCCGAGUCGGUGCUGCGGGAGCGCUUCUCUCCCUUCGGAGACAUCCAGGACAUCUGGGUGGUGCGCGACAAACACACCAAGGAGUCCAAGGGCGUCGCCUUCAUCAAGUUCGCCCGCAGCUCACAGGCCUGCCGGGCUAUGGAGGAGAUGCACGGGCAGUGCCUUGGCCCCUACAAAACCAAACCCAUCAAGGUUUUCAUUGCUCAGUCCCGAUCGUCAGGAAGUCACAGAGAUGUGGAAGAUGAAGAACUCACAAGAAUCUUUGUUAUGAUACCAAAGUCCUAUACAGAAGAAGACCUGCGGGAAAAAUUUAAGGUGUACGGCGAUAUUGAGUACUGCAGCAUCAUCAAGAAUAAAGUCACGGGGGAGAGCAAAGGGCUGGGCUACGUGCGCUAUCUGAAGCCAUCCCAAGCCGCCCAGGCAAUAGAAAACUGUGAUAAAAGUUUCAGGGCGCUCUUGGCUGAACCUAAGAAUAAAGUAUCCGAGUCCUCGGAGCAAGAUUAUUACGGUAGCAUUAGGCAGGAGGCUUUGGGCCAUGAACCGAGAGUAAACCUGCUUCCCUUUGUUGGAGAACAACAGUCCGAGUUUUCAAGCUUUGGCAAGAGUGACAGAGGCCAGGAAGCUGUGUCCAAGCGCCUGUCAGUUGUGUCGCGCGUCCCCUUCACAGAGGAGCAGCUCUUCAGCAUUUUUGACAUAGUCCCAGGCCUGGAGUAUUGUGAGGUUCAGCGAGAUCCGUACUCAAAUUACGGUCAUGGUGUGGUUCAGUAUUUUAAUGUAGCAUCUGCUAUUUAUGCAAAAUACAAAUUGCACGGAUUCCAGUACCCCCCUGGGAAUCGGCUAGGGGUCUCCUUCCUGGAUGACGGAAGUAACGCGGCAGAUCUCAUCAGAAAAAUGGCCACCCAGAUGGUGACGUCACAGCUCACGUCAAUGGUGUGGAGUGACCCAAGUCAGCAGCAGUUUCUGCAGUUCGGAGGAAGUUCUGGGUCACAGGUGCCGCAAAUCCAGACAGAUGUUGCACUCCCGUCGUGCAAAAAGAAAGCCCCUCCCGAAACGCCCGUGAAAGAGAGACUUUUUAUCGUGUUUAAUCCUCAUCCUUUGCCAUUAGACGUGCUGGAGGAUAUAUUCUGCCGUUUCGGUAACCUGAUCGAAGUUUACCUUGUGUCAGGAAAAAACGUGGGCUACGUCAAGUACGCAGAUAGGAUAAGUGCCAACGAUGCAAUCACAACCCUGCACGGGAAGAUUCUGAACGGGGUCAGACUGAAAGUCAUGCUGGCCGAUUCCCCACGGGAGGAACCCAAAAAGAGGCAGAGAACUUACUGAGUCUUGAACAGAGACUAACUAAUGACAUAGUCCUCAGCUGACUGACUGAAACAUGUGACUGGACGAACUCCCUGUGGACAGUUGACAGCUUUUUUUUCUUUUUUUCACAUAUCUGAUAGUCUGCACACCAUUGCUUCCUGGGAUUUCUGACUUGUAUUUCUGUCCGACCGUCCUGGUAAACUAAUAUAGCAAUUGUUUCCUGGAAGAAUAUGUUGUUGUGAACAGCAGAAAUAAACCUUUCAUAGAGAAAUAUGUUGUCAUCCAUAGCAGAAAUAAAGUUUGCUUUGCAUAACUAAACCAUGACUUAUUUAUGUGAAAGACGAGAGUGAAGAAAUAGUAAUAGGUGUUCAGAAUUGAAAUAAGCGGCCUGUUUCGUUGAUUUUUGAGAUACGUAUCUUCACAUUUUAAUAUCUUUGGGAGUAGAAACAUGCCAGGUGGGUGAACCAGGCUGACUGGCGGUCUCUUCCCAGUGCGGCAUAAGUAAAGGUGUUCGUUCCUUUCAGCCGCCUGCGUCUUAGAGUAGUGAAACAAGCUACACGCGCAAUCCCGCCAUCGAUGCCACCGCCGCCACAGUGACACAGCGGAGACAUUGUACUAGGAAGGGUGGAGUGCUAUGGAUUUGCUGCUAGGCCAAAACUUGUUGGUAAUUUUGUCAGCAUUUUGGGGAUUAUAAAGUGUCAAUGAUUUAAACAUUUAUAGGAAUUGUUUUGGUUUUUUACAUGGGGUUGUCAUUUGUCAUGUAAUAAUAGGCUGACGUAGAACCCCUGAGCCUCCUGUCUCUACCUGCCAGGGGUUAGGAAUAUAGGUCUAGGCUAGCACACCUGACUUAAAUUUAAAUAGUAUCAGUGGCUUUGAGCAAAUGAACUUUUUUUUAUUUAUAAAUAUAGAAACAUAAUGGCCAAUCCAAAAAUAUGAUAUACAAGCAGUUAUCACAACAGACUAUGAUAGAAGCUGGACUCCUUCUGAAAUGAAAAAUAGAAAUUAGGAACCUAUCAGGUGUGGCAUAUCAUGUCUGAAAUCCCAAUGUUCUGGAGGCUGAGGCAGGAAGAUUGCUGUGCAUUUGAGGCCAGCCUAGCGGUGAGAUCCUGUCAAACAAAGCAAAAAUAAAAUAAAAUUGCAACUGGUCUUCCCAGACAAGCUGAGCCAGUGAUUUUUCUGUGAGCCUGGAGCCAUGCUUAUUAAGAGGCAGAGCUCGCUGUGGGAAACGAAGACUUGAAGUAAAGAAAGCUGAGGAUUUGUUACCAGCAGAUUCAUUCUUCCCAGACUUACUUCCUGUACACAGCUCACUUUUCCGGUUGAAAUUAUUUACAGGCUGUCUGGCUCUAACACUACAGUUAUGAUUGAAUUCCCUUUCAAAAAUGCUCCAGUCCAGGUGUUUAUACUGGGCAAAAAUAGCACAUUUUUAGACAAAGGAAACACCCUCUGCCUCACACUUUUGGCUUAUCCUCAUAGUUAGAGAUAAAAUUCAACAUCUUCCAGUUUUUUUUUUUUAAAUUUCUGUGUACCACCACGUCUUUUUCUCUUUUUUUUAAGAUUUAUUUAUUUAUUAUGUAUACAGUAUUCUCACUGCAUGUAUGCCUGCAGGCCAGAAGAGGGCACCAGACCCCAUUACAAAUGGUUGUGAGUCACCAUGCGGUCUCUGGGAAUUGAACUCAGGACCUUUGGAAGAUCAGGCAGUGCUCUUAACCACUGAGCCAUCUCUCCAGCCCCCAUCUUCCAGUUUUUAAUCCGCUGUCUCGCCGGCCCACACAGAGGCUGGUCCUUUUUCGUAGCUGCCGUAUGUAAGCCUUCCUGCUGUCCAGCUUUUCCAGUGUGCUCACUGAGCCUGCUUCCUCAGUCUGCACAGGCGCUGCGAUGGCUUGAGCAGAAAUGGCUCCCGUAGGGUCACGGAGUUGAGCACACAAUGACAUUGUUUGGAAGAUUUUGGAACUCUUUUGGAAAGUCAUAGUCGUUAGUGGCAGAGUUUAACAGGUUGUUCCAGGAGGAGCUUGGAAGGUAAAGCAGAGAGAAGUUGAGUAACUUUAACCCCAGCACUUGGGGAGGCAGAGGCAGAGGCAGGUGGAUCUCUAUAGAGUUCGAGACCAGUCUGGUCUAGUGAGUUCCAGGCCAGCCAAGGCUACAUAGUGAGACCCUAUCCCAAAGACUGGAGUAAAAUAUAAGAAUGCCAAUAUAAUGCAGACAGUAGAGACUAGCUCCUGAGGACUAGGUAGCAGCUGGCCUGCAGGCUAGUCAUGUGAUGUUCUGGAAAAGAAACUGACUGCAUCCCACCUGUGUUUGAGAAUUUGCAUGAAGCUGAAUUUAAAAGCAAUGGGCUAAUUUUAGUAAUGGGAAUUUCAAGCCCUCCCGACAUGGACUUGUGUGAAAUAGUUCUUGCUGGUCACUCUUCUGAAAAUCUGCAGUGAAGCAACAAGUGGGAGAGGAAACAUCUUACGAUUGCAGCCAGGACUUGUGCUAAGACUGUAGCUGUUAAAGGAACUGGAGCCCUUAAAGAGAAGCCCCUGACUGUACCGUGUACUGUCACAGGCAAGAUCCCACCCAGCUAAGGCUCCGA